CCUGCGAAUAUAAACUGCGGAAAGUACGGUGGCUGUUUUAGUGUGCGCUCACCGACCCCUGCAUCCUCAGAGCUUAUUAGACUCGUAUUCACCUUUGCUACCCAUGUAUAUGAACUGCCAAGGCUAUGGUGGCCAUUAAUUUUGGACAAGGAUAUGCAGCUAUUGAAUACUAUGCUCCUAUGGUUGUCCAUGGCUUGGGGAGUCUUGGCUGGCAGGGCAACUACUUUUGCAUGAACUGACUGAGGAUAAUAAACACUAACAAAUAGGUCAUCCCCCCAAUAGGAGCUACUUUCAUUGUAAACUUGUUCUGCGAUGAGUGAAGUGGAACUCCUAAAGUUCAUAGGCCCACCGCAUGACUUCCAAUCAUUGGCUUCUCUCGCAGAUUUGACCAUGAAUGAAAAGGGUCGACAACUAUCCUUGGGCAUUGAUGCACAGUACUGGCUGUAUCAGGCCUACCAGAAUGUCUGUCAAUCUGGUGGUCCACCCCGGAAUGAGCAAAUAUUGGAGUUGUCGCUAACUUGGGUUACAGUGUUGCAUUCCAUGGCUAUCGAUGCUGUGUUUGUCUUCACUGGACCGUUUGUACUUGAUCGCGUUGAUGGUUUAUAUGAGGCUUCCAUUGAUGCAAAAGUCAUCUCGUCGUUUCAAUGUGCUAUUCUUGAAAAGGGCUUUGAAAUACACCAUUCAUUGAAAGAUACAGGUGUAGAGCUUGGGUACCUUGAGGUGGAUGGUAUUUUGAGUAAUGAUGUCCAUGUUUUCUUUUCAAUGGCCAAGAUGAUUCUUCGAAAUGUCCUUCCCCUUAAUAAUCAAUGCAACCUCGAUGUAUACUACCCGGAACAUCUUCGAAGACGGGCCAACUAUCCCAUACGCCCAAUUGGUUUGUUCCUAAUUGCGAUCCUCACAGGUUGCGGAUAUGCCCCGGGUGUUCCAGGUCUCACUAUUGAGAACGCAUAUCCUCUUUCCAAUACAGAGCUUGGGGUACUCCUUUGUCUGGCAGCUGAAGAUUUGAAGCAAGAGCGUCUGGAGACAUACCUUCGGGAAACCUGGAACCCAAAACUUAGACAAGAGCUGUCGUUGAACCCUCAUGAAUUCCUACCUUUGCAAUUACCUAUGAUUGCUCAGAACGUAAAUGCCUGUUUUCCGAAUAGCCUCAUUGUUAGAUAUCUGGCUCCCUAUGUAACUUACAAAGGAACAUUCUCGUAGUACUCUACAAGAAAUGCAAUAGUUGAGCACGUCGAA